AUGCCUCGAGACUAUCUACAGACAUACUACUGUUCUUAUCACACUCGGGAACUCAUCAAGUGUGUUGUGGAUACUUCCGACUUGACUCCACACGAAACCACAACCCCAGAUCCUUUGCAAGAUUUACGAGUUGCCAGUGGCCUCAAUUUUCCACGAGAAACGCUGGAGAGGCUAGCCGCUAUGUAUGCAGAACCGGAAAAGACCUGGGUUAUAGACUUUGAGUUUGUCAACCCAUUCCACCCAUAUUCGCCGAUUCCAUUGCAAGUAGCCAUCAGACAAAUAGAUGGCAAAUUGUUAUAUUAUGGGAAUGCCAAUUACCAUCUACCCUUGAAAGAUUACAUGGAUACUGUUUCCCCUUAUAUCUCAGGGAGGACCGGACUGACGGUUACUUUAUUUAUGCGGUGUUAUGGAGGAACACAAACCAAUGGAGAGACACCAUUACCGAUCAGCAACCAUAUCCAGAAUGUGUGCGGAUACAAUAACGAAGUCCAACUGUUAUCGUGGUCUUCUAGUGCUGACAUGCAAUGCUUUCAGCGGAUUCUUACUGGAAAGGAUGAAUUGAUUCAGGAUAAAAUCUUCGACAUGGAUGAUGCAUCGAACUUCCAAAACAUCGAUGUACUUAAGCUGUGUCGAAAACUGUUAACUGACUUGACAUCUGGCACGCUCGAGAAUGUGCAUACAUUUCUUGGUAAGAAGAUGGAGGCGGUCAAUGGUGAAGGCUAUCAUAAUGCAUCAUACGACACUGCGGCAAUGGUGGACAUAAUCAAAGUCCUUGUUGGGUUGUUGGAAGCUAGUAAGGCAGACCAGUCUCACCUAGGCGGACAUCUGGAAGCCACAGUAAGAGUGUCCUCACAAUAUAUGCCGAAUAUCUCAAAAUCAGAUCUGCAGCCUGCUCUGCCACCGCAUACAAUGUUGCUUGAGUAUGACUCCUAA